UACUUGAUUGGUCGAGCCUGUGAGGUUAAAGUUGAAGAGGAGACGGACGCGGAAAUAAACCAAACUUUUCUGGUUUACUCUACGAAUGAGAUUAGCCUUUAUCUGGUGUUGUUAUGUUAUUCAAGUCACUAGUAGGGAGUGCCUGCACUCUGCUUGGAGCAGCAACAGCGUUGAAAUUUGCACCUUUGGAAGUAAAGGCCCAGGCAGCUGCCCUCCUUCACAGCGCAGUGAGGAAGUCCUCUCUGGUGGAACAAGCAAACAUGAAGAUUGAACUUCUCCCAGCUCUCAGUGACAACUACAUGUACCUUCUGAUAGAUGAGGAAUCCAAAGAAGCAGCUGUUGUUGACCCUGUGGAGCCAAUAAAGGUUGUGGAAGCUGUGAGAAAACAUGGUGUAAAACUCACAACAAUUCUGACCACUCAUCACCACUGGGAUCAUGCUAGUGGAAAUGAAAAGAUGGUUAGGUUAAUGCCAGGGCUGAGGGUCUACGGAGGAGAUAACAGAGUGGAUGCAAUCACAAAGAAGGUUUCUCAUUCCAACAAUUUAAAAGUUGGGUCACUCAAUAUCAAAUGCCUUUUUACACCAUGUCACACAACUGGUCACAUCUGCUACUAUGUUACGAAAGAAAACAGCACAGAACCACCAGCUGUUUUCACGGGAGACACGCUGUUUAUGGCCGGUUGCGGUAAAUUCUUUGAGGGUACAGCAGAGCAGAUGUACAAAGCCUUGAUAGAAAUUCUCGGACAACUGCCUCCAGAAACUCGUGUUUAUUGCGGUCACGAGUACACCGUCAGCAAUCUGAAAUUUGCGCGUCAUGUGGAGCCAGACAAUGAAGUCAUUCAGGAGAAGCUAGCAUGGGCCAAGGAGAAAUGCAGCAACGGGGAACCUACCGUCCCUUCCACUUUGGCAGAGGAAUUCAUGUUCAACCCUUUUAUGAGAGUCAAAGAGGAGUCUGUGCAAGACCACGUAAAGGAGACAAGCCCGAUUGAAACCAUGAGAAGUCUCCGGAAAGAAAAAGAUGGCUUCCGGGUGCCCAAGGAGUGAUUUCCAGUGUAGUCAUGCUGAAUGGUUCUUAACUGCUCAAAACACUGCAAGCUGACAGUAGUGCAUUACAUAAAAUAUCUACAACUCAUCUUCAAACGCAUAUGGCUAUAAACUUGUUUUAAUUAUAUUUGGUUUGUUCGGAUGAAAUUGGUGUGGUAGUUUUAAGGAAUAUUUGGCUUUUAAUUGGGUGCUUUAAAUAAGGAAGUUCAAUCCGGUGUAAAUCUGAGUUUAAGAGUCUAUUUAAUGUUAUUUUAUAAUAUUAAAUCAAUGUUAAAACUACAAUUGUAGUUUGUUUGUACAAAAGUUUUCAAAUGUAACAACUUAAAUAUGACAGGGAGAUGCUUGAGGAACAAAUGUUGGAAUGUGUAAAGUUUCUGUUAAUUGCUAAACUAAUUACUCAUUAGUAUACAUGCUUUAUUGAGGAAGGUUCACUUGUGACAUUUCUUUUCAUUUUAGCUUGAAAGUUAUUUUGGUUGUUUUAUUAUGUAAAAUUUGGCAGAAUUUAAUUUAAAGCAUUAUGUGAGCAUGGCAUUGUCUACGUGUACUACUGGUGUUGUUUUAACGUUUAGUUUUCAAUAUAGCAAAUGCUCUUUUGCAUGUAAAGUACAAUCUAACAAAGAAUAUUGGAUGGGGGGGAAAAAAGCAAUAAAACCUGUUUAUUUGAA